GUUACACUCCAUUUUAGGAGACUGUAAAGGACUUAAAGUCAACCACUUUACUGUACUCUCAAGAUAUGUAUAUAUAUAUUAAUACUUUUUAAGUGUCUGGUUGGUUACCUUGGAAGAAAACUGUUUAAAGUCCAAGAAGAACUACAAACAGCCAUAGCAUGACGAUGCUGCUCCAAAAUCGAGCUGUGCUUGCCCUCGGUCUCCGCAUGUACUCCACUAAUGUGACGAGAGGGCCUUUGGUGGACACAGCAAGACCAAACUCAGACAUGUCUGAAUUCCGUAAAGUCUUUUCUAAAGCCAAGCACAUAGCAAUCAUCACAGGGGCAGGUGUGAGUUCAGAGAGCGGAGUACCAACCUUCAGGGGAGAAAAUGAGAAGUGGAGGAAGUGGCAAUCUCAGGACCUGGCGACACCCGAGGCCUUCUCUCGCAACCCGUCUCGUGUCUGGGAGUUCUACCAUUACAGAAGGGAGCAGGCUUUGAGCAAGAGGCCCAAUGCCGCCCAUCUGGCCAUAGCAGAGUGUGAGGCCCGGCUGAGGAAGCAGGGACGCUCCGUGGUUGUCAUCACCCAGUGCAUAGACGACCUCCACCGACAGGCCGGGUCCAAACAUGUGCUCAAGGUUCAUGGCAGUCUGAUGGAGACUCGCUGUGUGAGCUGUGGAGAAGUGACUGUAAACAAGAGAAGCCCCAUAUGUGCUGCCCUAAAGGACAAAGGUGCCCCUGACCCAGAUGUUGCUGAUGCCCAGAUUCCUGUGGAUAAAUUGCCAAGGUGUGAUGAAAGCGACUGCCGCGGUCUGCUGAGGCCCAACGUGGUGUUUUUCGGAGAAACUCUGGACUCUCACAUCCUGACCAAGGUGGAAAAAGAGAUGGAAAUCUGUGAUCUCUGUCUGGUGGUGGGCACAUCUUCAAUCGUUUACCCAGCAGCCAUGUUUGGCCCUCAGAUUGCGUCCAGGGGCAUUCCAGUGGCGGAAUUCAAUACACAAACAACACCAAAAACGGAGUACUUCACGCACCAUUUCCAGGGUCCAUGUGGAACUACGCUGCCUCCAGCUUUGGCGCGACAUGAGUCAGAGGUUAUUUAAGAGUCACAGAAAUGGCUUUACAGACAGCAACCAGUGGCUUUUUCUACAGACUAUCCAAGGCUGGGCAGGGGGAGUUGUAGCUUUUUUUUAUUCCAAAGGUUUGCCUUUAAAUCACUUUAGCUGUAAAAGCUUGGUAGAAGGAAAGAUGUACAGAAUGUAGCUUUUUAAGACAAAUCUCUUAAUACUUGAAUAUAUAGCUCACUAAACUGGAAAUGGGAUAUUGUAUGUUUUACAUAUUGUUUGCUUAGAGUUAGGCAGGAACUAUGUUUGGUAUGAGAAAGCAAAUGCACUAUGUAUGUAGUUAUUUGCAUAGGAAAAUAUAUUCUCAGAUAUCAGAGGGUAUUUUUAUUCUUUAUAUUUCUUGCAUAAUAAAUACUGGUGAGGGAUUGUCAUAUUUUAGAUAUACUGUGCUCUAAAAUCAUGCUGUAGACCAGAACAUACUACUUCUGGUGCCAGUGGAGAGUAUUCCUUUUUUCUCUUUCCACCGGAUGAACAGAUGUACAGAGCGUAACAUAAUCUUGUGCCUUUCAAAACUGUUUACACAACCUUGACCAAAUGCUCGCUUUAAACCUCAAGUGCAAAUCAACCAAUGUUACAGAGAUUUAGCAAAGUGUACAGAGUUUGCUUUUGACCAAGGACAGAGAGGGUAGAGAGAGGGGAAAUCUUUUCCAUCCUAGCCUGAAUCAGCGUUAUUUCACUCUUAUGUGUUUGUUAUGACAUAAGUAUAGUUAUAUGUCAUGGAUUAUUCAUGAUACAUUUUUACAAAUUGCAAUGUGUUUUCAAUACAUACAUAUAUAUAUAUUUAACCACUGUAGAUGAAAAUUGUCUAAAUAUGAAAUCAUAUAUGGAACAUGAUUAUCCUUUUUUUUAAAACAACUUGUUUGCCCAUGAACAUUGAUUUGUUAUGAUGUAUUCUAUUAAAACUGCCAAUGCAAUUAAACGGAUCAUAAUAAAUAAAACACUA